AUGUAUACGUCCAGAGGAUUACUGGCUAUCAAAUGGAGAACGACCACAUCAAAGGAGGUAGUCCUAGCACGCCGGAUGACUAGUCUAUUCGGCACUCACAACUGGAUCCAAGUAGCGAACCAACCGACUAUCCGAGCCCGUUCAUCAGUUGAUAGGAGAGAUGAGGACAGAUUCGAUCUGAGGGGGCUGGUGCAUGCGUGCCUGUGGCCAGCCUGCUCAACGCGUCCAAUGCCACUUUGCUGGCCGCCACUGGAUAAUAAUAAGGCCCCUGGACAGUGUGUUUUCUCCCGAGCGAUCGCCGCGGUCAGUUACACGGUGAAAGACGAGGAUUGUCCGUCGAUCAACCGGGAUCGCGAGGUUUUGUUUGGCGCUCGAGUGCUUAGUCCGCUGGCCAGGAGCAAAAGCAUUGCGACGAGAAGCCUGACGGAGCGGGGCUGCGACAGGGGAGUCGUAGAGGAAUCUCCUGCAUUACUACAGACUGGCGCACAGGCCGAGAGGUGGUCUGUGAUGGUGCUAUCGCUCUCAGCGAAAGAUAGGGCACUGAUAAACCACGAUUUUCAAGCGAGCGAAAAGAACGAAAAAGGCCCGAAAGGGAAUGGCAAGACGGUUGAUCUCCACAUCGUCUAG